CUCUUUCUGAGAAGGCUGCUCUUCUGUGGUCAGGAAGUAAAUGCGCCUCUGUAAUGUUUCAGCAAAAGUCAUUGCAAAGCACAUCCGCCGUGCCACGCCAAAAGAGAGAGAAGUAAACAGGGUUUGUAAAACAACCUCUUCCUUAAAAUAAAUGAUCUGGAUAGUGUUUGGUAUGCAGAAGUGAAUGGUGAGUGUUGGCUUACAUUUUAAUAUGUUGUAGAGACAUGUUUGUCAUUGAACUGUGCCUAUUUGUGUAUGAUGUGUGAGAGUGACAUGAGCCGCCACUGGUCUAAAUUUUAGGAUGUUGGCUUUUUGUCAACAAUUCAAUUGAAAGAAUGUUAAUCUCACACCCUAGUCCAGUUUUAAAAAAUAUAUAUACAAUUUCCAAAUUGAAAUGUCAUACUGUAAGAUUCUUACUAUAUGAGUCAGGUAGCCAGUGUUGGGGAGUAGAGUUUAGACUGCAGACUAGUAUUUCCUCUUGGAUUUACUGUACCUGUUUAGAUUGGCUUUCAUUUGGCAGAUGACUCAGUUCACCAAAUAUGUUUCUUUAUCAACAAGUGCCAGAAUGAUUGAUCUCCUCAAGAUGUACUUAAAGAUAACCUGUCUUUAGCUAAACAUAUUGUCUUACUGAUUAUUUUAAUAUGUACAUUAGCCCUUUACAAACACUACCAUUGCUAUUGGAAUUUAUGAGCGAGUCACUAGUUAUUCAUUCAAACUGUACGUAUAUUUUGCUAUAUUUUAUUGUACAUGAAUGUUCUUGCUUCACAGACCUCAUGCACAUAACUAGGGCAGCACCGGAAGCUGUAACCAACCACAGGAGUCAACCAUGAUAGCAUCACUGUGACCUAACUCCAAGAUGGAUGCCCUGCCCAGCACAGAGGAAUGAGACUAAACUAAGUUGAGCCGUAUCUCUCUGCUUAGGACUGAGUGAAGAGAGAGGUUAUGGAGGGGGCUAGGGUGCGCUCUCCUCUUCCUGACCUCAGGGAGCCAGACAGCCAGACAUGGACCACUAUGGAUCUCCCACUACAGAGCAGGCCAAUGGAGGAGGCUAUUGGGUGGGGAGAGAUGGAAGAGCAGGUGAACCAGAUAGACAGGGAGGAAGAGGAUAACUCUCCUCAGACUGGAAGGACACAGCCCUCUGAGGAGUCAGAGGAGCACUGGGACUCCAUGACUUUACCUGUGUGCCCCAUGACCAUGAUCCGUCCCAGUGUCCCUCUGUCCUUUGCCACGGUGCAGUGGGACAUAACCUACCCCUCCCCUGACACGCCCUCCCCCAUGACUGACAACAGCUCGGCCGAUGAGCUGGACUCCAGUGGAGCGGCCAGUCUGGACUGGAAUGUGAGUCCCCUGUCCCACCACCAGCAGCAGCAACAUCAAUCCUGUGUGACAGGAAUAAACAUAGAGCUGUCUGUCCAGGAGAAGACACAUAAUCACAACGGACCGGAGCAACAGCUGCCCUUGAGUGAAAGCUCCCCUCGGGUACGUCAGGCAGACAGGAAAGGACUGUGGUUAUGUGUCUGUUGUAAUUUGAGAUUAUGUCGCUGUGUGUUUGUGUCCAUUUGUGGAUCUUUCUUUAUUUCCUGUGUGCAUGUGUGUGUGUUUGUCAGUCUGUGAAAGUGCAAGAGGAAGAGAGUAUUUAGGGUGAGAAAUAGCUCUACCUCUGUCUCUUCAUAGAUUAUAUACCAGUCGUAGGUGGAGAUGAGGUUGAUGGAAUAUACCGUUAUACAUAUCAGUCAUCUGAAAGCCAGGUCCCUUCUGUCUGAGUGCUGAUCAACCCACGUCUUUCUCAAUCACAAGUUUUCCCUGGCCCGAUGUUUAUUGUUGACAGCUGCUGUUGCAAUUCCAGGCGUGUGAUCCACCAAGACCAGAUGUGGAGGAGCAUGCAGCACACACACAGGAAGAGGAGGCUUCAGCACAAGAGCUAUUUGAGGACCAUGGUGAGUACAGACGGUAGUCAUCUUCGCAAAUGAACCAUGAGCUUACUCUUAGAUUUUAUUUUAACAUGUGUUGACAUAUUCUGAUAGAUGCUACCCCUUCAAAUGCUUUUGACCUCUCAUGCCGCUUUGACUUGAUCAUAUAGUAUGUAGAGUGCAAAGGAGGUUGGUGGCACCUUAAUUGGGGAGAACAGGCUCGUUCUAAUGACCUGGAGCAGAAUAAGUGGAAUGGUAACAAAUACAUCAAAUACAUGGUUUCCAGGUGUUUGAUGCCAUUCCAUUUGCUCCGUUCCGGACCUUAUUAUGAGCCGUUCUCCCCUCAGCAGCCUCCUGUGAUAGUGACUUGGUCAAUAUUAAUAUGGGUAUCUGUGUGUUUAGACUCUCUUUCAGGGAGAUGUCCAUGGCCAGAGGAAGGGAUAGGACGGUCUGUGACAGAGGAGACUAUCACACCCUCUGACAUAGCUCCUAGCUCUGUACAGACAGGAGAGUCCGAGACUAGGCCGGAUAGUGAGAGUCUAGACUCUGUGCCGGGAGAGAAACAAGAACAGACUGGCACAGUCCUGACUAUACAGAUCAACUCAGAGCAAGGAUCCAGCUCUACAGACUAUGAGGAGGAGGAGGAGCAGACUGUGACUAGUUUAGCUUAUAAUGGAGAUUGUGACGAGCAGACAAAACAGAUAGGACAGUCAGAGGGGAGAGGACAGUCAGACAGUGAGGAGGAAUCAGAGAUUAUAGAACUCUUAGAGCACCUGCUUGAGCCAACUGAACUGAAAGAACAGUCAGAACUCUCAGAGAAGUCUGAACACAGUGGGCAGUCAGAGCCUAACCACACAGAACAGAGUGAAUACGGGAACAUUACCGAGACAACAGAGCAGCCAGAAGACUCUGAGAAACUUCUAGAGUCCGACCAGGUAGAGCAAUCAAAUCAGUCAGGGGAGGAAGAAGAGCAAACUGAAGAGGCCCAUUUACAACAGGCAGAACAGUCAGAAGUGACAGACCAGUCAGAACAAUCAAAAGAAUCAGAGCAGACAGAAUGUUUAGAAUCAAAACAGACACAACGUUCUGAGCAAACAAUGCACUCAGAGCAGUCAGAUCCAUCACAGCAGACAGAAGACUCUGAAGAUUCUGAACUGUCAAAACAACCAGAGCAGACGGAACAGUCAGAACAGACGGAACAGUCAGAACAGACGGACAACAAACCAAUGCAUUCAAAGCUGUUAGAAGAAUUACUUUUCCUUUGCACAGAGGAGCUUGAACAGUCAGACCAUACAGAAGAACAGAAACACUCAGGGACUGAACAGCCAGUGCAGACUGCACUGACUGAGUCGACAGAAGAGGUUGAGCAGACAGAGCAUUCCAAGCAGGUAGAACAAUUGGAACAGAAAGAAUGUACAGAGGGUUCAUGUUUGCCGCCCAGGGAAGGAAGUAGAGAGCAACUGGAGUCUCCAGUACAGCAGACAGAGGCUUCAGAACCAGUGGUGGUCCAUAUGAAUGGUGGAGGUUUGGACAGGGAGAGGGCCUGCAGGCUGGCGGAAAGACUCUACAGGCUGGACGGGAUCUACAAGACAGACGUGGUCAAACACCUGGACAAAGAGUAAGACCAAAGGCUGCAAAACAUGGAGUGGCCACACUUUACAUUACAUUACAUAGGUCUUAUGUAGUAGUAACUAUCAGGGUAAUGAUCUAUGCUAGUAUGUACUUGCUGAGUUUUUUUCUCAGAAUGUGUCACCUUGGAUCAUGAACUUGACCUGUCUUUGUCUCCCCGGCCCUCUCUAAUUCAGCAAUAACUUUAGCCGAGCCGUUGGGGAGGAGUACCUCAAGUUCUUUGACUUCACCGGUCAGAGGCUGGACCAAGGCCUGAGGUAAGUCCUUCACACUUUCUAAUGAGAUUUUUCCUUGUUCACUAUAAUAGUAACAAGUAAUGCUCUCAAAUUAACAUCUACCAUUGGUCAAUCAUCUUCUAUUUCCUCUAUUUUGCCCUCCUCUCCCAGGUCUUUCCUGAGGGUGGUGGUGCUUAUCGGUGAGACCCAGGAAAGAGAGCGAGUGCUGCAACAUUUCUCCUGUCGCUUCCAGCAGUGCAACCCUCACACCUUCUCCUCUUCCGGAGAAGUACUCACGCUCACCUGUUCUGUGAUGCUUCUGAACUCUGAUCUGCAUGGACAGGUGAGUCCCCACUGCACUGCAAACGUGUAGAUAUUUAGGCUUUUGAAUGAAAGGAAAUGGUACUGUGGAUUGUGGGCCUGGAUGUGUACACAGUUAAACCAGGGGAGGAUCAUCCUCCUCAGUGAAUUUCAGAAAAAUAAAAAAUAGUGAAAUAAAACAGUUAUCCUUUUCAGAUAAAACUAUAAAUAUAUUCACGUCACCAAAUAAUUGAUGAAAACACAAUUUUUUGCAAUAAAGGUCUACAGUAGCCUCAACAGUACUCUCUAGGGUAGCACCAUGGUGUAUACGGAGGACAGCUAGUUUCCAUCCUCCUCUUGGUACAUUGGCUUCAAUAGAAAACCUAGGAGGCUCAUGGUUCUCAUCCCCUUCCAUAGACUUACACAGUAAUUAUGACAAGUUCCGGAGGACAUCCUCCAACCUAUCAGAGCUCUUGCUGUAUGAACUGACAUGUUUUCGACCCAAUCAAAGGAUCAGAGAAUGAAUCUAGUACUGAAAGCAUAAGCUACAGCUAGCUAGCACUGCAGUGCAUAAAAUGUGGUGAGUAGUUGAGUCAAAGAGAGAGAAAGACAAAAGCUGAACAGUUUUGAACAAAUUAAUUUCUUAAAAAAUGGAGAAGCAAAAGAGAGAGCUAGCUAUAUUUUGUUGUAUUUUUGAACAUUUCACUUUCACUUACCUAGCUAGCGAAUGCAGCUAGCUAGUUUAGCCUAUUCAAACACCCGGCUCAGAGGGAUGCUAUGUUAGCUAGCUGGCUAUGGCUAUCCAACACUGGAACUCUUCCAAGUCAAGGUACGCUUUUGGUUUGAUUAAUUUAUUGCCACCGGGGCCUGCCGGUGUAAUUGCUAAACUGCUUGCUGUACACUGUACUGCAAGAUUGUAGCGGAUUUAUUGACGUGUUAGUUCAAUAGUUAGCUAUGUUGACUAUGACGUUAGCUAAUAUGGUGACAACGAUGUAGGCUAUGUAGUGGUUAUGGUAUGAAGUUUUGGCUUGGAAAGGUUUUUUCGCCUGGUCACAGACAGCUGUUGUAUUGUGCACUGAAGUCCACAAGCAAAAGGAAAACGUGAGAGGAGGAGAGCGUGUAGAUGCGAGAAGGAAUUAUACAAUGAGCAAAUGAUCAUGCUGUUUGUAUGUGGCUGCUAUAAAGUGAACUGUGUUUGUGGUGAUCAGGGGUGUAUUCAUUACGCCGAUUCUGUUGAAAAUGUUCUUAAAUGGAAGAAAACGGAAUGAAACGGAGAUAAACAUACCUGAAUUUGUCCAAUAGAAACUCUUGUUUGCAACUGUUGGACUAAUGACUACACACUAGAUCAGCUAGAUGCAGGCAUGAGUGUGCAAGGCGGUAUUGAUUGGGUCACUGUCUGUCACCUUGAUUACUAAAAAAUGUCUCUCUACCUGUGCUCCUACGUUGUAAAUCUUCAUUUGUAGGCUAGGUUGUAGCAACCUCAUGAUGGGUAUAGGGAAAAUUUGAGUAUCAUGUAGUAGCCUAAACCUAUCGAUGUUACAUUGAGCUUGGUGAAUGGAAUAUGAAUGACAGUCAUCCAAUAUGCUGUAAUAGAAAUAAAGCCAUGCUCAUUAAAAUAUUAAAGAGCACCGACCGCCAUUGAGUUAAACAUAGUUUUUGUGUCUGUCCUCAGAAUGUGGGCAAAGCCAUGUCUUUGUCCAGCUUUGUGUCCAACCUGGAUGGGAUGAAUGAGGGUGAGAACUUCAGCAAGGAGCUGUUAAAGGUAAGAUUAUCCUCCUCAUUCUACACUACUCAAUAUUUCAGUAGAUACUGUCAAAUGAAAGAACGGUAUCUAUAGCAGUCUGAAGUAGACUGUUUUUUUGGAAGACUUCAGUGUCCUUCUUUCUCUUGUUUCUUUCUCAGGCUCUCUACAACUCCAUUAAGAACGAGCCUCUGGAAUGGGCAGUGUAAGUAGUCUGACUUAAGAACAAGGUAGUGGGUAGCAUUAUUCUAAACUACACUGCUCAAAAAAAUAAAGGGAACACUAAAAUAACACAUCCUAGAUCUGAAUGAAUGAAAUAAUCUUAUUAAAUACUUUUUCUUUACAUAGUUGAAUGUGCUGACAACAAAAGCACACAAAAAUUAUCAAUGGAAAUCAAAUGUAUCAACCCAUGGAGGUCUGGAUUUGGAGUCACCCUCAAAAUUAAAGUGGAAAACCACACUACAGGCUGAUCCAACUUUGAUGUAAUGUCCUUAAAACAAGUCAAAAUGAGGCUCAGUAGUGUGUGUGUGGCCUCCACAUGCCUGUAUGACCUCCCUACAACGCCUGGGCAUGCUCCUGAUGAGGUGGCGGAUAGUCUCCUGAGGGAUCUCGUCCCAGACCUGGACUAAAGCAUCCGCCAACUCCUGGACAGUCUGUGGUGCAACGUGGCGUUGGUGGAUGGAGCGAGACAUGAUGUCCCAGAUGUGCUCAAUUGGAUUCAGGUCUGGGGAACGGGCGGGCCAGUCCAUAGCAUCAAUGCCUUCCUCUUGCAGGAACUGCUGACACACUCCAGCCACAUGAGGUCUAGCAUUGUCUUGCAUUAGGAGGAACCCAGGGCCAACCGCACCAGCAUAUGGUCUCACAAGGGGUCUGAGGAUCUCAUCUCGGUACCUAAUGGCAGUCAGGCUACCUCUGGCGAGCACAUGGAGGGCUGUGCGGCCCCCCAAAGAAAUGCCACCCCACACCAUGACUGACCCACCGCCAAACCGGUCAUGCUGGAGGAUGUUGCAGGCAGCAGAACGUUCUCCACGGCGUCUCCAGACUCUGUCACGUCUGUCACGUGCUCAGUGUGAACCUGCUUUCAUCUGUGAAGAGCACAGGGCGCCAGUGGCGAAUUUGUCAAUCUUGGUGUUCUCUGGCAAAUGCCAAACGUCCUGCACGGUGUUGGGCUGUAAGCACAACCCCCACCUGUGGACGUCGGGCCCUCAUACCACCCUCAUGGAGUCUGUUUCUGACCGUUUGAGCAGACACAUGCACAUUUGUGGCCUGCUGGAGGUCAUUUUGCAGGGCUCUGGCAGUGCUCCUCCUGCUCCUCCUUGCACAAAGGCGGAGGUAGCAGUCCUGCUGCUGGGUUGUUGCCCUCCUACGGCCACCUCCACGUCUCCUGAUGUACUGGCCUGUCUCCUGGUAGCGCCUCCAUGCUCUGGACACUACGCUGACAGACACAGCAAACCUUCUUGCCACAGCUCGCAUUGAUGUGCCAUCCUGGAUGAGCUGCACUACCUGAGCCACUUGUGUGGGUUGUAGACUCCGUCUCAUGCUACCACUAGAGUGAAAGCACCGCCAGCAUUCAAAAGUGACCAAAACAUCAGCCAGGAAGCAUAGGAACUGAGAAGUGGUCUGUGGUCACCACCUGCAAAACCAGUCCUUUAUUGGGGGUGUCUUGCUAAUUGCCUAUAAUUUCUACCUGUUGUCUCUUCCAUUUGCACAACAGCAUGUGAAAUGUAUUGUCAAUCAGUGUUGCUUCCUAAGUGGACAGUUUGAUUUCACAGAAGUGUGAUUGACUUGGAGUUACAUUGUGUUGUUUAAGUGUUCCCUUUAUUUUUUUGAGCAGUGUAUUUACCACCACCUUUUCAGUCUCUCUUUGUACAUGACUGAUUUACGUACAGCUUCCUCUUCAUGCUGCUUUCUCCAAUAUAUUGUGAUUGUGUUACACCUCUCAUAUUUUCAUUGUUCUUUUAUUUCCUCUCCAUUGCUUCUUCAUUCCUCCCCCAUCUCGUCAAUCGCCCUGUUCAGUGAUGAGAAGGAACUGAAGAGCUCCAUGUUGUUGGCGGAGGAUGCUAAAGAGGACGCACCCCUGCGCUCCAAGAGCAACCCGUUCCAAGAUGUGCCUCAUGACAAGAACGCCACAGUGUUCAAACAGAGCUUCCUCAAACGCAAGGCCCACGCUAACAUUGAUGGCAAACGCAGUGAGUUGGACUGUGACAUUAUUUGCACAAAACCAUAGGAACUCAAAUGUCAGGGCAAUAAAGUGUGUACAAGAGCAUCAUAGGGUUUUGAUUCAUCCUUUGACGAUUCAUCAGUCUGAUUAAAUGAUUUAGUGUGUGAGUGUCUUUGAGAAGCAUCCUUUGACCUCAGGAGUAAUGUAAUGUAACUGUCUGACAGCUCCUUGGGGGAAGAGAAGCUGGAAGAUCUUCUAUGGAGUGCUGAAGGGACUGGUCCUCUACUUACAGAAGGUUAGUCUCCUCCUCCACUUCCUCCUCCUCUUGUCAACUCCUCCUUUUCCAAACAUUCCAUUGCACUGCCUCUUGAUAAUGUCCAGGAUGCCUUUCACACUGAUCCCUCACUGCUUGUUACCACAUCCAACCUCUCCACCCCCCUCAGGAUGAGUAUACGAUGGAGUGGCAGAGUACAGAGGAGGUGGUCAGUGUGCACCAUGCACUAGCAGAGCAGGCAGCAGACUACACUAAGAGACCCCACGUCUUCCGCCUGCAGACCGCCGACUGGAGGGUCUUCCUCUUUCAGGCUUCGUGAGUCUAUGUACUGUGUAUGUCUGAGAGACAGGAACUAUAUCCAUGUAGUAUUGGAAUUGUGAAUUUACAUUUGUCACACAUAGGACUAAUGGGUUUAACUGUUUGAUGGUGUGAAGGAACAAGCAAAUCAAUCAGUAUGCAACAGUCCUAUAAUCCUGUGACUUUGUCAUAAAUACACAUGAUAUGUUCUUAUACAGUAUGUAAAGCUAAUAUUAGAUGUUAUGUCUUCUAUGUGCACGGUCCCCUUGUCGUCCUCAGCUCCACAGCAGAGAUGAUUUCAUGGAUCAGCCGUAUUAACCUGGUGUCAGCCCUACACUCCUCUCCUCCCUUCCCUGCUGCUGUGGGCUCUCAGAGGAAGUUCUGCAGACCCAUUCUGCCUGCCUCGCAGUCUGCACACACACUGGUACUGUACUCACAUACUCUCUUGGUUCACUCUUAGUAGUCCCCACUGCUUUGUUUUAGCACAUUAUGUAUUCAUCUUUGUGGGGUGGGAUAUUUAGGAGUCUAGUAGUACGUUAAGACUGUAUAUAUUCUAGUUGUGCUGGGCCACGUACGGUAAUCUGAUCCUAGAUCUGUGGUUAGGGACAUCUUCUAUCUGGAGUGUGUUCUGAGCCUGUUCACUGAGCCUGGCUCUCUGCUGCCCCCUGUAGGAGACACAGCUGCAGUCUCAUGCAGGCAUGCUAGAGUCCUUCCAGGAAGACCUGGCCUACCUGCAGCAGAGUCUCCGUGACGGGCGCAGGGCCAAAGCCAAGGAGAUGGAGGAACACCGAGUCAGAGAGGAGUACCUGCAGCAUGAGGUGUGUGUGUGUGUGUGUAUUGUAUCUGCAUGUUUAUGUGCAUAUGGGAUUGACCACAAUGUUAAGCUCUGUGACAUUAUCGUAAUGUAGGCUACAUUUUCCCCUUCACUCUAUUAGAUGUCUCAGUCUCAUUCCUUCCUCUCCCUAUAGAAAUGUCGCUACGAGGCCUACAUCCAGAUGCUGGAGGUCUGGAAGGGUUUGAACCAGUCAGCCGAAACUGAGGUGGGAACCAGCAAGCUCAACCUGUUUGACAGAGCUGUGUGUAAGGACACAGUGGAUGAGGAGGGGGAGGAGGGAACCCUGAAGAAGUCCCACUCCAGCCCCUCCCUGGAUCUGGAGAUGGCCUCGCACCCCGUGGUCAAAGUUAAACGCAACAUCUCGGAGAGACGGACCUAUCGCAAGAUCAUCAUUCCGAGACGCAACCAGGACCUAUGAGGGCAGGUGCCCAAAAGUGAGACACAUAUAACUCUGACAUGACUUUUCAAAGACUUUUUUUAGGACAUGCACAAUGUGUUACUUCCAAGCACUGUCCUUUUAAGUUUUCAUUUUCAGCUUGCACUUAUUCAGCAAGAAGGCAAAGGUCAUCAAAACGGAAUGCAUCCCUCAGGGAACUUGCUUGAGUCCUUUUCUUUGUUACAUUUGCUCUUCAUAUGAUAAAAGUAUUUGAGUUCAUAUUUGUGCACUUUCAAUUUAACAAAUUGAAUUGAACCUCAGAAGUCGAUCCUUCAUGCUGAGACAGUUCAAGAAGAGUAAUAUAAUGUUUGUGAUAAAAAAAUAUAUAUAAAAAAAAUUAGUCAUUUAGCAGACGCUCUUAUCCAGAGCGACUUACAGUUAGUGAGUGCAUACAUUAUAAUUUUUUUUUUUUUUCAUACUGGCCCCCCGUGGGAAUCGAACCCACAACCCUGGCGUUUCAAACGCCAUGCUCUACCAACUGAGCUACAUCCCUGCUGGCCAUUCCCUUCCCUACCCUGGACGACGCUGGGCCAAUUGUGCGCCACCCCAUGGGUCUCCCGGUCACGGCCGGCUACGACAGAGCCUGAAUUCGAACCAGGAUCUCUAGUGCCUUAGACCACUGCGCCACUCGGGAGGUGUUUGUCUCCUAAUGAUUUGAAUCCCUCAAAACCCACAUGGACCUACCUACACCUAUGAAUCUGCUGUGAUAUGUUGAGAUUCCUCUUGAUUUCUAUCAGAAAUGUAUCUCUGCAGUUACAGAUUCUUACUUGUUUGCUCUGUUGGCCAAUGUGCAGUGUGUAAUUCUAGCCACAAGAGGGUGCUAUACAACAGCGUAUCACACAACAAAUCAAAAUGAAGGUAUUGACAGUUUGAAAAAUAAUCUAAAUUAUGUCAAUAUGCUCAUUCUAGUUAUGCAGUCUUGUAUCUUCUAUGUAUUUUAUAUAAACAUAUUUGGAUUUCAUCUCCAUGAAAGACUACAUCACAUUUCACUGUAAGUUUCACAAUUAUUUUCUCAGAACAGAGAAGUUAAUGAUUUAAUUUAUCAAUCCCAAUUAGGCUUCUUGAGUUUAGAAUCAAAACAGUUCAAAUAUCCAUCCCAAUUCUUUGAGCUGCCAGUCACGUAUGCCCCUGGGCAAUAAGAAUGGCAUAAAGAGAUUUAAUAGCAGACCAAGACGACUUUUUGAUCUGUCG